AUGGACUUGAUUAAGAAGACGAAUACUUUUCGCAAAAUUCGUGUGAACAUAACAGACCCACAUAAAGUGUAUCAUGACAUAAUGUACAACAUAAAUCAAUUUGGUCGCAAAACGCUCGGCAUGGACAUGAUGAACUUGGAUUUCUCGUUUGUCAAUCCUCGCUUUAUUUUCCUGCUGAUUAUUAUGACCAGUUUUUUGUACGCGGAUUUGGAAUCGUCGGUGCUGGCAGAGGAUCUGGCUGGUUUUGCCUACAACAUAGCGGUGCUCGGAUUUGGUUUGCAAGGAUUCGCAAAGUUCGAUGCCUACAUUUUUCGUAAAAAAGGUAUGAACACUCUGAUCUUCAAAGGCAGUGCUAUUUUGGCUGAACAUAGGAAUACGGAGAGGCUUAAACAGAUUAUGAUCGACAGCAUGGCCUUCAACAAAAUGAUCUUAAAAUUUUACACUUUUCUGUACGUGAUGGUCUUCGUGAUCAUGUCUGCGUUCGGGAUAUUAAUAAGCCUAUACAGUGGCAGAAUGCAAUUAUCAUGCGGGUUUCAGUUUUCAUUCAUCGACACAACCCGUUUGCCAGGAUAUGUAGCAACCUACAUAUAUCAGACUACCGGUGUAUUCAUGGUAGCCGUUAGCUCAUUUUGCAAUGAUGUUUUGAUAACGGUAUUGUUUGUUAAUGCGUUGGCAAUGUUCGACUGCAUCAUAAGUGAUUUGAAAGAACUCUCCAAACUUUCACAGCUGGAGAAGACACCUGCCACUCGAUAUGCUAUGUCAGAGCAAAUGAAAUCGUUAAUUAAGCAACAUCAAUAUGUACUAGAGUAUCUCAAUCUUUCAAAUAAAGUUUUCAGCCUAUACUUUUUCAUGAGCCUCACAUGUUUGACGGUUGCUAUUGCAAUUAUGAUGAUUGCAUUAGUAUGGGCUCAUUGGUAUCCAGGAAUAUUUAUGAGUGCAGUUGCAUCGUUUCAAAUUCUCAUUUUAUGUCUACUUGGAACAUUACUUUUAAUGAAGGAAGACGAAUUGGUUCGUGAGGUAUACAAUGUGACAUGGUAUGACCUGGAUAUUGAGGAGCAAAAUUCUUUACGUUUGAUGCUUCUAAUGUCGCAACACUUCAAAGAGAUCUCAUAUCGCUUCGGUGCGAUGAAUGUGGAAACUUAUUUGAAGAAAUCUUCAUAA